UUAGACUCCCGAAUCGAGGGAAACCGAAAGAUAGCAACAUGUGGAAGUGACCCAUGUGGGGCUUUAAUGCAUGAUCUGAUUGUGGACGUUUGAAGAAUCAAAUAUUAAAACAGAAAAAGUUAUUUAUAGUUUAAUAAGUAUGUCUUUCUUUAUAAAGAAGAAAUCAGUCACAGCGGCUACUGGGAAAGGUGAAAAGUCUGUUGUCCACAAGAGAAAGGCUGAUCAUCAGGGUGGAAAAGGGCGUCCAAAAAAACUCAACAAACGGCUGAAUGAGGAAAUCUCCAGCGAAUCAGAGAACGAAAAUGAUGCCGUGCAGGUUAGGAAGCAGAAGGAGGUGGAGGAAGAUGAGGAGAUCGAGGAGACCCCACAGGAGAAGAAGCUGCGUCUGGCAAAGCUUUACUUGGAUCAGCUGAGGGAAGAAGAGGAGAAGAAGGCAGAGGACGAGGCGUUUGAGUCAGACCUCAUUGCUGGACGCUUGCAGGAGGACCUGCUGGAACAGAGAGGCAGACUACAGAGACUCAUCGCUGAAGAGCUGAUUGCUCCGGAUCCUGCUGAAAUCCGCUUGCUGAGAGGACACAAGCUGUCCGUUACGUGUCUGGUCAUCACUCCAGAUGAGAAACACAUCUUUUCUGCAUCGAAAGACUGUUCCAUUAUCAAGUGGGAAGUGGAAAGCGGGAGGAAGGUGCAGAAGAUCGCAGGAGGGAGGAAAGGGACGGAGGAACGGCACGUUGGUCACACGGGACACGUUCUCUGCAUGGCCAUUUCCUCUGACGGCAAAUACCUGGCCACAGGAGACGUGAACAAGCUGAUCAUGGUUUGGGACGCUGUUACGUGUAAACACCUGUACAAGUUCACGGGACACAGAGACGCCGUAUCGGGUCUGGCGUUCAGGAGAGGAACACACGACCUGUACAGCGCCUCUCACGAUCGCUCUGUCAAAGUGUGGAACGUGGAUGAUAAUGCUUAUGUAGAAACUCUGUUUGGACAUCAGGACGCGAUCACUGGUUUGGACUGCCUCGCACGGGAGCGCUGUGUGACCGCAGGGGGCCGCGACCGAACGGUCCGAGUGUGGAAGAUUGUGGAGGAGACGCAGCUGGUCUUCAAUGGGCACGAAAGCUCCAUUGACUGCAUUCAGCUGAUAAAUGAAGAACACAUGGUUUCAGGCGGUGAUGAUGGCUGUCUGUCCGUCUGGUCCGUAAGCAGGAAGAAGCCGCUGACCACGGUGAAACAGGCACACGGUCUCCAUGGCGAUGUCGGGCUGGAGGAGCCGUACUGGGUGUCUUCAAUUGCAGCGUUGCAAAACUCUGACACCAUAGCCUCAGGCUCCCAUAAUGCCUCUGUCCAGCUGUGGAAGUGCGGGCUUGGAUUCCGUGGCCUGGAGCCGCUCUUCACAAUCCCAGUGAAUGGUUUUGUGAAUAGUUUGAAGUUCUCCAACACGGGCAAGUUCCUGGUGGCUGGCGUUGGACAGGAGCACAGACUGGGCCGAUGGUGGAGGAUAAAAGAGGCCAAGAAUGGACUUUACAUCAUUCCUCUGAAAAGACAGAGCAAGGAGACGACGACUGAGCAAUAACACGCUCCGAGGACUGAACUUCAGUUUUGUUUUGGAUGCUUUUUGUUAUUCCGUUAUGUUUAAUAUGAUCUAUGGUGAAAAAAUAAAUUGACAUUUAAGUUCCCA